CCAUUCCCUCUACGAAGGAGAAAACCGACAGUUGGCGACGCCGGUUAUUGAACUCCGUCGAUAUGACGUCACUGACGAUGAUCGCCCGGGUAACGGACGGACUUCCGCUGGCGGCGUCCGUACAGGAGGACGAGAAGUCCGGCAGAGACCUCCAGCAUUACCAGAGCCAAGCCAAGCAGCUAUGCCGUAAACUGGACGCCCAGAGUCCGGAGCGCUGCACGCUGGAGGCCGGAGACAUGAGCUUCCACUACCUGAUAGCGCAGGAUGUGUGUUACCUGUUCCUCUGUGAGGCUUCGUUUGCCAAAAGGUCGGCCUUUGCGUACCUGGAAGACCUCCGCGGGGAAUUCAAUGGCCGCUAUGGGAGGAGAGUGGCCGCGGUGACACGACCGUACUCCUUCAUCGAGUUUGAUACGUACAUCCAGAAGACAAAGAAGUCCUUCGUUGACCGUAGGGCCCCGAGGAACUUCGGCAGCAUCAACACGGAGCUGCAGGAUGUGCAGAGGAUCAUGGUGGCAAAUAUUGAGGAGGUUCUGCAAAGAGGAGAAUCACUUUCUGCUCUUGACACAAAAGCCAGCAAUCUGACCAGCCUGUCGAAGAAGUACCGCAGCGAUGCCAAAUAUCUCAACACCCGCUCCACGUAUGCCAAAGUGGCUGCGGUGUCAGUGUUCUUAAUCACACUCAUCAUCUACGUGCGCUUCUGGUGGCUCUAAUGGACCGUCAAGGACUUUGAGGGUCCUCCACUGUGAAAAGCCACUUAAACAGAUCCGGCUACGUGUUGUAUUAUACCAGGGUGCCUUAAAGGGGCCGCAUAGUUCUCUAUUGAAGGUUGGAAUAAUUUCUAUGUUUUGUCCGUUGACUUAUGCCAUGUAUAGAGUAUAAGCUGAGCCAUAGGUGGGUGUGAUAGGACACCAGUCUGUAUGGGAGCAAAUGCUUCGUGGCGAGUUUGUUUACUGGAAUAUUAAGAGCAGGGUGUUGAUAAAUCAAACUGGAAAUAAGGGUUUGUGUCAAAGUUUCAGCGUUGAGGAGCAACCACGUGGGAAUAUGCACAAGUUUAGUGGAAGGUCGUAAUACUGUGAUAAAAGAAUGUUUAUUAUACAAAGUUUACAUUGUAACAAAGUAUUUUUCAAAAGAUUAAAUGCUUACCGAAUUGUA